AUGGCUGAAAAUCCUCCACUAUCCUAAUAAGGAAUUCCCUUAAGAGUAGAUGGUGAAUAUUUUAUUUUAGACAGAUAAAACGUAGAAAUUGAAGUCAAAAUACCUAAUUUCAAAUAGUUUGGUAAGCGAUCAGCAACUGGAAAACUAUAUAUAACUACAUGCAGAUUAGUAUUUGUAAACGAAAAUUGGCUAAAAGAGCCAUUUAAAUCAUUUGACAUACCAUUAAUUAACAUGUUUGGUGAAAAAUUCGAAUAGCCUGUAUUCGGUUCUAAUUAUUUGGAAUUAAAAGUAAAACCUUUAUAUGGAUUAAUUCCCGAUAUCGCUAAUAUUAAAUUAUGGUUCAAAAGUGGAGGUUGCCAUAAAUUUUUGAAACUUUUUGAUGUUGUUUUGAGGGAAACAAGGACUAGAUCAUCUCGAGGACCAAAUGAGAAAUUUAAUUAAUAAGUUAGAUCAGGUUAAUUUGGUUAAAAUGAAGCCUUAAUAGAUCCUAGUGAUCCUACAUAUAUAUAUAUUACAUAACCUUAAUAAAUGUUUGAUCCUAGUUAAAAUUUUAUUGGAAAUAAUAUUUAUUAAUAACCUUAAUAAUAAGCUUUUUAAGGUUAGGGAGUUUAAAUUGGAUGCAAUAAUUAGUAUGAUUAUCCACCACCUCCUUAAUAAUAGCAAUAAUAACAAUAAUAACAAUAAUAAUACUAUUAACCUCCUCCUUAAUAAUAAUAAUAAUAAUAUGGAUAGUAUUAGUAAGUACCAUAAUAAUAAUAUUAAGAUGUUUAGUAAUAUUAAUAAAAUUAAUAAUUUUAAGGAUUUCCAUAAUAAUAAAGAUUUCCUCCUCAAUAAUAAGUACCGCCUCCUUUAUAAUAAUAAUAAGUACCACCUUAAUAAUAAUAAGUACCACCUUAAUAAUAAUAACCUCAAUAAGGACCUAAUUCUGGGUAUUAUUUUGGAUGGUUUGGACCUUAAUUAUAAAAUAAUUAAAGAUGAGGAUUUAUAUAAAUAGACUAUUGUUAUUUUAAAUAGGUUUAUUUUUCUAGAAGUUUGUAUUUUUUAUUAAUUAAAAAAAAUUUUAUUAAUUUAUUAGAAAAAAAAAAAAAAUUCUUUUUUAUAUAUAAAAAUUGUUUUUUUUUUAUAUAUAUAUAUAAUUAAAAAAUAUA